AUAUUCUGAGAGACUUUACUCACCCUUUGUGUGAAUCACAGGGAAUACCUCUGCGGAUGGGGGGAGGGAUUAAACAGAGAGAGGUAUAAUUACAGUACCAGAGCAGAGAGGCAGAGCAGAGUGACCCUGCACACAGUGCUCAUUCGGUUCAGACCGCCAAACUCUCAGGACCAGAACCGUCGACAAGCCUUGGGACCAGGUCUGCGGUGCCUCAGAGAUACAAAGCCCGGCCCGAGGGGGGAUCAGAACACCAGUCUCCUGCUCCCCUGUGCGCUCUGCUGACCAUCGGGGGACGGUGAGGAUUUCCAACUUCUUAGGUGUUUUCCGUUGCGUCUCCUGACUCCUCUCGAACAUCGGGUGGAUUCUACUGGACUCUCCUCGGUCUUGGUCCGAGGUCUUGAACUGUUCACCAGCUGCUUCCUGUCUCGGAGCUCAGACCCGCUGUCUCUCACUCAGAGACUCCUCAAAACAGUGCCCGAUAUUGUCUUCUGCUGUGAAACUUUCGGAGCGCCAUGUCCUCCCAGUUUUCGGUGCUCCUCCUGAUGGCGGUCGGCGUUCUUGCCGACGCCUCUCCGACCGCCUCUCCCGCUCCCGGGGUUGACGCGGCGUCCCGACCUCAGGAGGUUGCGCCAUCUCCAGACUGUCCGUCCUGCUCUCUGCUCCAGAUGAGGACGAACUCGUCCUCGCCGGGAGGCCAGAGCGACAUGGUGGAGGCCGUGAAGCGCCACGUUCUCAACAUGCUGCACCUGAGCGCCCGGCCCAACCUGACGCAGCCCGUCCCUCGUGCGGCCCUGCUCAACGCCAUCAAGAAGCUUCACGUCGGCCGCGUGGCCAAAGACGGAAGCGUGGAGAUCCAGGAAACGGGGAGGGGUCCCUGGGCCCAGACACAUCCCGAACCUCCAUCUGAAAUCAUCACCUUUGCAGAGCCAGGAGACCUGGCGAACACGGUGACCUUUGACAUCUCGAAGGAGGGCAGCGGCUCGUCGGUGGUGGAACAGGCGAACGUCUGGAUCUUCCUCAGGGUGUCCGCUGCGAGCCGAGGAAAAGGCAAAGUGACGCUUCGGCUGCUGCAGCUUCCUGAGGCUGAGGAGGAGGAGGAGGAGGAGUGCGUUGCGGAGAAGACGGUGGACGCCCGUCGCAGCGGCUGGCACACGCUCGCCGCCUCGCGCACCGUCCAGUCGCUGCUGGGAGGCGGCAGGAGCUCGCUCGGCCUGCGGGUCUCCUGCCCGCUGUGCGCCGAGGCCGGGGCCUCCCCCGCCCUGGCGCCGGCCGCGGGCGAGCACGCCGGCGGGAGGCGCCAGUCCCACCGGCCGUUCCUCGCGGUGGUCCUGAGGGAGGAGGAGGAGGAGGAGGAGGAGGAAGGGGAGGCGGCGGGUCAGCGGCGGGUCAAACGAGGCCUGGAGUGCGACGGGAAGAUCCGCGUCUGCUGCAAGCGGCAGUUUUACGUGAACUUCAAAGACAUCGGCUGGAGCGACUGGAUUAUCGCGCCGUCCGGUUACCACGCCAACUACUGCGAGGGGGAGUGUCCGAGCCACGUGGCGAGCUUCGGCGGCUCGGCCCUGUCCUUCCAUUCGACGGUCAUCAACCACUAUCGCAUGAGGGGCUACGGCCCGUUCCAGAACACGAAGUCGUGCUGCGUGCCGACGAGGCUGCGGGCCAUGUCGAUGCUUUACUACAACGAGGAGCAGAAGAUCAUCAAGAAGGACAUCCAGGACAUGAUCGUGGACGAGUGCAGUUGCUCAUAAGCACGUAAAAAAAAAAAAAAAAAAAAAAAAAAACAGUUCCUGCUUCCUGCAUUGGUCCAGCGCUUUCCCAGUAAAGACGGAGUAUUUAUGAUUAGUGACGAGCCAUUGUAUUACCUGUGGGGAGAGACUCUUUUCCACAUUGGAACGACAUGAUAAAAAAAUGUGCAACAGCUCCUGCAACGUCUACAUGUCUGUAGAUCUGUCUAAUGUUUUCUAUCCACGCGGUGCAACGGCGUGUGACGCUGUUGAAAUGUGUCAAACCGGCACAUGGAGCCGAAACAUCGUGAACAUCAUGAACAUAAUAUUGUUGUUAAAUAAGUUGACGGUUGGUAGUUCCACACAUGGGACAUAUCAAGACUCAGAAGGAAGCCAAAGACACAGUCGGGGAAGGUUUGAAGGUGUCCGUUACUAAGCGAUGAGAACAUUACCUUGAUGAUGUGGACGUUAACGAGCUUUGAAUGAAUUAACUGCACCAUGUGUCAGUUGACAAGCUCUGAGUAAAUUAACAAAAAAAAAAAGUGAGUUAACGAGCCCUGAUUGAAUUUACUGGACCAUGAGUCAGUUACCAACACUGAUUAAGUCCACUAAACAAUGUGUCGGUUGAGGAGUUGUGAAUGAAUGAACUGCACGAUGUGUGAGCUGUGAAUAAAUGAACUCAUCUGUAAGUCGACGAUCCGUCGCUACACAGCAAAGUUCUUAGAGUUAAUUUUCUGGUGUUGGGCAAAAGGGUCCAUUUGACUCUUACAGAGUCAAGUGUACGAAGGAGUUUGAGUCAUCAUCCAGGUGUCAAGGUCAGGUUCAUUUGCGACACUUAGUAGAGUUAAAUGAACUCUUUGUAAUGUAACUGUACAGCAUCACAUUAAAAAAUGUAAAAAAUGCAACAUAAGUUGCUUUUGAUAAAAGCUUCAGCUAAAUGACGUUGUAUUUAACAAUGAGCAGUUUUUAUUUUGACACUUAUUCCGAGUUAAAUUGUUGAGUGUUGAUUUAACACUGACAAGAUUGGGACAAUAGAAACACCAGCUUAUAGUUAAAAUAGACUCUCAGAGUCAAUUUAACUCACUACCCACACUUGAGUAUUGUUAAAUUUCAACUUAAUGAGAGUUAAAAUGAACUCUCUGUUAAAAUGACAACACUUUAAAAAGUGUUACGUUGACACUGUGGAGUGUGGACCCCAUGGGACACUUUAAAAGUGUUCAAAUGAACUCCAAAUAGUGUUCAUUUGAGUCUGUACAUUUUGCUGUGUAAUUAACAAAAACAUGUAUUUAUUGUAGAACUGUGAGUAAAUCAACUAAUGUGUCAGUUAACGAGCUUUGAGUAAAUUAACAAACCAAUGUGUUGAGAUUACAUCCACAGGUUUCAUUUAGCUGAGGCUUUAAUCCAAAGCAACUUGCAUUAAGUGCCUUCAACCAAGAACCACCCAAGAAAUUAUACUUUCCGAGAAAGGAAGUACAAUUUCUUCAAGAACGCCAAACCACAGAGUGUGCCACGCGCCAUUGUUCGCCGCUGCUGUCCUGAUGUCAUUGGAGAGCUCAUUCCACCAUUUUGAAGCCCAGGCAGAAAACGGGCCGGCACGCCGUCGAGUUGUCUUUGGCUCCCUGCGAGGCAGCAGCAAGCAGACUGAUGCAGAGUGGGGGGAGCGGGUUAGGGACCUACGGUUAGACCGGGUCCUGGAUGUUGAUGUGGACUGGAUCUGUCAAGCACCAGAGUGCCAGUGACGGUAGAAUGGGCGAAUUUAGGCUAAAGACCAGUGGAGCUGCAGAGUCUGGGUGGAAGGUACAACAGCACAUGGCAAGAAAUGAUCAGCCUGAGAAGAGACGCGUUCCUCUGAUGUUGGGCGGCGUGUAUUAACGGACGCUCUGAAGCUCAUUAGCAUCAAUUGUUUGGUGACCUGAAAACCCUCUGCUAAUGUCUUCAUCAGUC